AUGGCGAACCUGAUUCGACGUUCUGCAAGAAUUCCGUCAUUAAUCAGUCAGAGUUGCCGAGUUUCCUCACUUCAGCAUCAACAAAAAAGAGGAUAUGCUGAUGCAGUCACUAUCUCUUUCACAAUGGCCUCCCCGAACAGGGUGUUUUUCAAAGACGAGACCGUGAAACAAGUGAAUGUUCCAACGGUAAAUGGAGUCUUUGGUAUUUUGCCACAACACGUACCAACACUCGCAGUUCUUCAACCUGGCGUUGUCUCGGUGGUUGUCAACGAUUCCGAGACCAAGAAUAUAUUUGCCAGCAGCGGAUCUCUAACAGUUAAUCCGGAUGGAACUGUCCAUAUUUUGGCAGAGGAAGCUUGUGAGCUUUCGGAUCUGGACCCCUCUGAGGCUCGUGAAGCGAUGACGAAGGCUGUGCACGCCAGGGAUGCAGCGGUGGAGGCCACAGAUAAAGCUGAGUACCAGAUCGAAGUCGACACCUACGAAGCCAUUCUCAAAUCAGCGGAGGCAAAGAGUUAGAGGAUUAAUUAAUUAGUGACUGACAAUUAAAGAACAAUUACACAGACAGGAUAAUUUGUGACUGUUUUAGUGAUAUUUGAAUAAAUGACAUCGUGUUUAACAGCUUAA